AUGGCCACUAGUUCGAGAACAAGUAAAUUCCGUGUCGCGAUAUGCGGUGGAGGUGUAGGCGGGUUGACUCUGGCAUACGCCCUCUCCCGUUCUCCCGACAUUCAGGUCGACGUGUACGAGGCUGCCACCAAGUUCAGCGAAGUUGGCGCCGGCAUUGGCGUUUGGCGACGAACAUGGCAGAUCUUAAAAACCAUAGGCUUGGAGCACGAUCUCUUACAGCUCCUUGAUCGUCGUCCUAGCGACGACGUUGUCCCGACGCUACAGUACCGUAAGGCCGACCAACCGGAAGGCCAAAGCUUCAGCAACCUUCACUCUCGAGGCGGGCUUCUGACAUUUCAUCGAGCCGAGUUCCACAGCGUUCUUCUCCAACGACUCUCCUCUCGCUGCAAAACCUUCAACUCCAAGCGUCUUCACCACUACGUCCAACCCCCUCAUGCAAGUGCCCCAAUACAGCUCGUCUUCCAGGACGGUUCAACCGCCACAUGCGACCUCGUCAUCGGCGCCGACGGGAUCAAGUCCGUCGUCCGUCGAACAAUGCUCAACGAACAGGCUCAGCAAUUAGAACAAAGAGGCCAGCUCAACGAAGCCGCUGACCUUCGGGAUCGAGUCGAACCGAGGUUCAGUGGGGUGUUAGUUCAUCGCACGCUUAUCCCAGCAGAUAAACUCCGACAAAUAGCGCCCCAGAAUCGAGCACUUUCCGUUCCUACACAGUUUCUAGGAAGAAAUAGACACAUCAUGGCCUAUCCAAUAUCUCAUGGACGCUACAUCAACUUCGUCGCAUUCGAAGCGGAUUACUCAAGAGAAGGCUCGCUAUACACAGACCCAUGGAUCUCGACAGUAGACUCGCGUGCGUUGUCCAGAUCGUUCAGCAAUUGGGAGCUUGACGUCCAGCAAAUCGCCAGCUGCUUAGACGGUCUGACAGUAAAUCGAUGGGCUGUAAAUGUCAUGAAGCCUCUCAACACCUUUUCACACGGCAGAGUCGUCCUGCUUGGGGAUGCGGCGCACGCAAUGACACCCUUUCAGGGCGCAGGAGCGGGUCAGGCCAUAGAGGACGCUUUCAUUCUCUCCUCCCUUCUCUCCCACCCCCUAACGACGCUCCGCACCCUCCCCCAAGUGCUCUCAAUCUACUCCCGCGUCCGCGUCCCAUUCGCGAACAAGAUCGCCGAACGGUCACGGAGGAACGGCUUGGAUUUCGCGUUGAAUGGGUAUCAUGAUACGGGGGAUGGAGCGGGUUUGACGGAGUUGGGGGAGAGGAUACGCAAAAAUUUUGAGUGGGCUUGGGCUUCGGAUGCGGGGGUUGAGUUGAGGCAGGCGACGGAGAUGUUAGAGAGGGAGGUCGGCGGUCGAAGAUGA